UAAACGAAGCAAUAGUACGGAAGGAAAGCGCCAUGUUAAAACGGUGCCAGUACAACUAAUACGCGCCCAAAAUGAUCUGCACAAAAGUCAUCCCGACCAAGGUUUUUGCAAAGCUACAACCAACAAUUUGGAGCAGCUCGCUUCUCUUCUUGGGCCAUCUGAAGUCAUCUUUCUUUCUCAAGAUGAUAAAGCCAGAGUUGCAAUUGGAAUUGUUGCAGCAAAUAAACGAGCCCCAAUUUCAAUGCAUCUAGAAUACCAAGUUCAACUUCCAGAUCAUGACUGGGUAGUGGCGUCGGGUCACAAGUUAAUUCCUUCGGUAUACGCCGAAAUAGUUAUUGGUGCCAACGGUCUAGGAAAGCCGGAAGUUGUAGGCUAUUCCGGCCCAACGUAUACAGCAAUUCGCUCUGGAAAACAUAGCUCUUCUACAGCGUCGGCCCACGGAAAAGAUUUUGAAAAGUUGCUUUGUAUUCCCGAAUUUGAGGCGCUAACCAAAUGUGGUACGGAUAAAUCGGUGAAACCCAUCUUGAUUUUAACUGUGGACGGAGGGCCAGAUGAGAAUCCGCGCUACCAAAAGGUUAUUGAGACUGCUAUUCAUCACUUUAAGAAGCAGAAUUUCGACGCUGUAUUCGUGGCUACUAAUUCGCCAGUCCGUAGUUCAUUCAAUCGCGUUGAAAGAAGAAUGGCGCCUUUGAAUCGCGAGUUGGCCGGAUUGAUUUUGCAGCACGACCACUACGGCAGUCAUUUGGAUAAUUCUGAUCAAUCGAUUAUGAACUUCAUAGCUAGGAUCGAGCAAAUUGCUGCACAGUUGAAGGACAUUGGGGCAGCUGUGGAUGACACGCAGAUUUUGGCCAAGAUCCAAGUGUCCCUACCAUCUAACUUUCAGUAUUUCAUGCCGGCCUGGGAUAGUACCCCACAAGAACUCAAGACACUCUCAUUGCUUAUAAAACGACUGGUAAAGGAGGAAACAUCUCAAGCCAGGACUAAGAAUAGCAAGCUGGAAAAUGAUGCCCAAGUUGCCUUUUUCUCCUAA